AUGAGUUUCUUCAGUAAAAUAUUUGGGGGUAAAACGGAUGAAGCACCAAGUACGGGGGCUGCUAUCCAAAAACUACGUGAAACGGAGGAAAUGCUGAAUAAGAAACAAGCCUUUCUUGAAAAGAAAAUAGAACAAGAAAUUUUACUUGCUAAACAAAAUGCUGCUAAAAAUAAAAGGGCGGCUAUACAAGCAUUGAAAAGGAAGAAGCGUUAUGAAAAACAGCUGCAACAGAUAGAUGGAACCCUUACAACUUUGGAAUUACAAAGAGGAACACUAGAAGAGGCAGUAACGAAUACAGAUGUUAUACAAACUAUGAAAAAUGCUGCCGAUGCCAUUAAACAUGCUCACAAACAUAUGAAUGUUGAUCAAGUACAUGAUAUAAUGGAUGAUAUUGCUGAGCAACAAGAUGUAGCUAAUGAGAUAUCACAGGCCAUCAGCAACCCGAUUGGUUUUGGAGAGGAUAUUGAUGAAGAUGAAUUAAACAAGGAAUUAGAAGAACUUGAACAAGAAACACUUGAUAGUGAAUUACUUGAUAUCACUUUGCCUACAAACAAACUUCCUGAAGUACCAAAGGAAGCUGUAAAACCAAAACCAACUUCUUCCAAAAAAGCAGUUGAAGAUGAUGAAGACAUGAAGGCUUUAGCAGAAUGGGCCUCAUAAGGACAAAUUUUUCUGUCCUCAUAAUGUCCACAUAGUGUUUUGUUUACAAAAUCGAAUUGUCCAAAACAUUUUUAUUAAGAACGUUGCCUCAUUAUGAAUAAAUAAAUUGCUUUAACAUGUAAAUAACUUCAAAUGUAACAAUGAAUGAUUAAAAUAUCAAGAAAUGGAUAUUUUUCUAUAUUUUCUCAUAUUCAUUGUGAGAUUUAUGAUUAUUUUAUUAUUAUUUCUGUUAUUAUGCUUGUAUAACAUAGUUCUUGGUGAAUUAAAUAUUUUGCUAAUGGUAA